AUGGAGAAGCAGGGUACGUACGAGACAUCCAUUUUGCACGUGAACGACGAUCUCAAUAUUACAUGCGCAUAUCCACCAGACCUCCGCGUUGCAGGCGUCCUUAAGCUCUUCGAGUCCAUUUCUGUGAGCGUGAUUGAAUGCACACGCAUAGGAAAUUUCCCCAUCGAUGGAGGAGGUUAUGCGGACGUCUGGAGGGGGAAGCGGUCUUCAGAUGGGAUGGAAGUUGCAUUGAAAGGCUUGAGAAUCAAUCAUGAGGAUCAGGUUCUCAUCAAGCUCUUGAUCCGGGAGAUCUCCAUCUGGUCCACACUCGACCAUCCCAAUGUUCUCCCUUUCCUCGGUCUCAGUAUUCAACCGGGAUGGCGGAUACCUUGCCUCGUCUCUCCAUGGUUGACGCAUGGGAAUGUCAUGAAGUACCUGGAGUUGCAUGACGACGCUGAUCGAGCGGAAUUGAUUGACGGGGUGGCCGAUGGCCUCAAAUAUCUCCAUGAGAAGGGUGUGGUACACGGUGACGUGAAAGGGGCCAACAUACUCGUCGCUAGUGAUGGACAUCCUGUACUGGCCGACUUUGGCCUCUCCGUCAUGGAAGAACAGAACAGCCAAGGGCAGACCACAACCCAGACGUUUGCAGGAUCCAUGAGGUGGAUGGCACCGGAGCGAUUGGCACCUGAUCAGUUUGGGAUGGGAGCACGCACGUCUCGGACAUUCGCCAGUGACAUCUAUUCUUUUGGCAUGACGAUCUAUGAGAUCUAUUCUGGCAAUCUCCCUUUCCACGAACUGGGCAACAUGGAAGCAUCGAUUGCGGUAGUCAAUGGACGGCGACCGGUGCAUCCCGGUGACGUGGCUAUUCAAAGGGGUCUGACACCAAACCUGUGGAUCUUCAUCACCCGUUGUUGGGAGCAGAAGCCAGAUGCUCGGCCGGAACUGUCUGAACUAGCGCAGGAUCUUGAUGGAUCUGUGGACACUGCAGAGAUAACCCACGCGUUGGCUGCGACCAGCGUUGCUGCCACUCCUCCGCCUGCAUAUUCUGCCUUUCCUGGUACUUCACCCCCGGAGCAUACAUUUGAAGUAUACCGGUGCGUGCAUGGCCAUGUACACAUCAGCUCAUGUCUGAUGUCCUGUAGACCGUGCCCCUUCUGUGAUCCAGACAACGAGUUUGGAUAUGUCUGCGAACACCGUAUACCUUGGCUAGAGGAUGCACACGAGACUUCACGAAAAGAGUAUGCUAUAGGCAACAUACCUAUUGGACAUUCGGAAUGCGUGACCUGCAGCAGGCUCGCGCCCAUCCGCAAAGGCGUCAAACGCGAUCGUUGUGCGUACCUCUGCGAAGUCACCCGGCACCCCCCUUGA